AAAAAUUCAAGUUGUCAGUGGGGGGAAUAAUUAUUAAUAAAGUAUGAUGCAGGUAUGCAGUCUUAAAUUCUACUUCCUUUUUAUGGUAAAGUUUACGUUUUGAUAAACUAACAGAAGCCUUGAAGCAAGUUAUUGUUUAGAAUCUUUUUUAAAUGUUGUACUAUGAUUCCUCCAGCAGAGGGCGCUUGUUGGUCGAGCUGUGGGAGGAGACCUAGGGCGGGAGGAGGAGGAACCAGAGGAGGACCUUUAUCCUUCUGGUUCUGGUCUAACUUGCUGAGCCUGGUCUUAAAGAGCGUUGACGGUGUUGCUAGAAUAGCGCCUCCAACCUAAUGUCUUUUUUUUCUCCUAAUACCAACAUCCUGACUUCUGCCAUGCUUUGAUGAGAAGAUGAACCAAAAGUGUGAAACGCCUGAAUCUACCACCACAGCUGAUACAGACUCUAUGUGAAAUGUGACAGAUCCUCCUGUAAGGAUGUAUGGAAGAGGAUGGGAAGACGAUGGUAAUGAUGGUAAUGAGGGUGAUGCCCCUUUGCCUCUGACACAGCAUCUAGAGCAAAUGCACUUGUACGAAGAAAUUGAUGCCCCUUCCAAGUACGAAGAAGUCAAUACCCACAAGAACCACCCACCAUGCCCUCAGCUACAACCCUCUCAAGAUAAACCUCGACCACUCCCUGCGCCCCCCAUUCCACCCAGAACUAUACUUUAUUCUGAACCUUGUCUUCCAAAUGGUCAGGGACCCGUGCCCCCACCGGUUCCUCCCAGGACACGAUUCCCCGUCAGGCAGUUUUCCUGUAACCUCCCAGGGCCCACCCACAGACUGACCCGCUCCACCACCGAUACUGACAUUCAUGAUCAGUGGACCAUCUCCCUGACUGACACUCCACAGGGCAGCUGUAAGAGGCUGACAUCGUUUUGUGAGGCAACUGCCAAGUUGAUGUCGGGCAAUAAACACACCGAAGGUGUUCAAAAUGUAGGUGUAGUGUGGGGACGCACCAAACAGAUCCACUCUGCUCUGCUGCAGCAGGUGGAGGUGAAUGUCAGUGUGGCCUCACAAUGGGACCAUAACCAGAUUCAAAUCCUCACCACUGGUAAGAUCAUUCUCUACUGUACUACAUAUUGACAUGUAGUGGUACUUCUGAUUACUGAAUACCAGAGGUGGGCAAACCAUGUUCCUCCGAGGACUGAAAGUGGAACAAGGACCAUAAACUAUCAUUUAUUUACUGCAAAUAAUUUGCCUUUUUUCAUAUUUGUGACAGCGACAGGCAAAACUAUAAA